AAUCCUAGAAUGCAGGACAGAGAUGGUCACUAUCCCAACUGUACUGAUGAGGAAACUGACUCAGAAAGGCAAGUCAUGUGCCAACAGUUGUACAUAUGGGAAAUAGUGGAGCCAGGAUGCAAACUCAAUUCUUUUACCAGCAGCCCAAUGUCUAUUUUGCCAACAAUAACAACAAAAAGUGAGGCGUCCUGAGUAGAUGAUCUCAGAGGUUCCCUCCAGCUGAGAUCACAGUGGCACCCAUCCCCGACCCUCUCGCCCAUCAGCGUGUCAGCAGUGGGAGUCUCACCAAGGGAGAGUGUGAAGCACACGUGGACACAGUGGCAUCCUUCCACACUGGGACACACACCACACCCUCUGUCCCCAAACCAAGGGGGUCUCCUCUCCCUCACCUGGCCCCGCCCAGCAUCCCCAGAGGCACGUACCUGGGAGACUCUCGGCAGGGACACACCCCGGAGGAGGAGCUGCUGUCGCGGUGGGGCCCAGCCCACACUGGCUGGGAGCUCCCCUUCCGCUCCUCCGCGGGCCCCAGGGGACCGACAUGGCCCAGAAGAGUCCCAGCCCCGCCCUGGAGCCCGAGCACGUCCAGCGGCUGCUGCUCUCCUGCCGGGAGGCCAAGAAGUCCGCCUACUGCCCCUACAGUCGCUUCCCCGUGGGGGCCGCCCUCCUCACCGGGGACGGGAGGAUCUUCUCGGGGUGCAACAUAGAAAAUGCCUGCUACCCACUGGGCGUCUGUGCUGAACGAACCGCCAUCCAGAAGGCCAUCUCAGAAGGGUACAAAGAGUUCAGGGCAAUCGCUAUCUCCAGUAACUUGCAAGAUGAUUUUAUCUCCCCAUGUGGGGCCUGCCGGCAGGUCAUGAGAGAGUUUGGCACUGACUGGGCUGUCUACAUGACCAAGCCGGAUGGCACAUACGUUGUCAGGACAGUCCAGGAGCUGCUGCCUGCCUCCUUUGGGCCCGAGGACCUGCAGAAGAUCCAGUGAGGGAUGGGGAACACCCACCGCCUGGGAGACCCUGGGUCCCCACACGUGCUUAAGGGGACAGCCACCCAGAGAACUUCAUGAAGAUGGACUCACAGACCUGGGGACGCCUGCCUAGUGGUCCCCAACCCCACAGGCGCUGGGCAGAGAUGACUCUUCCAAAUUACACUCAAGCACUGGGGUUUCUACUGAAGUGAUACAGGGUUUCACUCCAGCCUGGGCCACAGCCCCUCCUUGCAACCCUCCUUGUCCUCCCUAGGACUCAGAGCACCCCGACCCUCUCUUCCUUCCUGUGGGCCCUCUUUCAAAUUCCAGCCAAGUCUGUGCUAUCCUGCUUGGUUCUAUCCUAUCUAAGGUUCUAUCCUGCUCUGAGUGACUUUUCUAAUUCUAACAUUACAGAACAUACUGAUUAGGGAGAGCACGUUUUGCUCUGUCUCAAUCCUUGCUGUAGCUCUUAGGAGGGGCAGGGUGAUUUGUCUUUAUAGAAAGACCUGGAUUCUUUCUUCCAGGAGAGGAAACGGGCACCUUGGACCUGUGUAGCUGGUGUGGAGAGCUGAGUUUUUAGGCUUCUUGCCCCUGCCUUCUCCAGAUGGGAGGCCACUGGGCUGGAUCUUACUGCCAACGGCCAUUUCUAGAGUCGUUCUGGGCUCGGUUAGACCGGGGCACUGGGUGCUGUCACCCCCAACUAUAAAGGGGGAGGCGUGAGUUUGUCUAGACAGCAUAGCAAAUGUCUCUAUGAGAACCUACUCUGUGUCAAGUACUUUUGCGUGGAUUAUUUUGUAUUUAAAGUACUUGACAACUUGGCGAAGUAGCUAUCUCCCCCUUCUUACAGAUGAGGGCCCUGGUUGAGUAACUUGCUUUAGGACUGCAGCAAAAUUCAAACCAGAAUCCAGGUCCUGUAACUCCCACUGUGGUCUAGAAACAGUGCCUGCUCUUUGCCACGCGCUGUGAUGUGGCAGAUCUGGAAUUUGAACCAGGUCUGUCUGACUCUGAGUGUUUUUUCCAUUCUCCCACAGCUGAUGUCUGGCUGCCUUUAUUUACUGAGUCUCUUUUAUAUGCCAAAUACUGCAGAGAGAAAGAUGUAUAAGAAACAGUCUCUGCCCUUGAGAAACUUGCAGCCUGACGGGGAGAGAGAAGUGCAAACAGGACUAAUGCACAGAAAUACACACUGUGGUCCAGGCGGGUACCAAGUGCAGGGUGGGCAUGGUUACGGGGGGCAUGCUGCCUUUUGGGGAGUGAGGAGGCUCAGGAAGGGGACUGUCUGUUGGUACAAUUAGGGAGGUGAGGACUAAAUAAGGGAAGGAGCUAGGCUGGCCCUGUAAAGGGGGCUGACAGCUCUGGGGGUCCUCCCUGGAGGAGUUGGCCUUGGGGUGAGCUUUGGUGGCUGGGGUACAAAUAGGGUGUAGAUUUCCUCUUUCCCAGGCAAGCAAGUUGCUGAGGGCACAGGAAGUGGACAGGUAAUUCACCCCUUCCCUGGGAGUCCUUUCUACUGAGAUCAGAGCAUCUGCAGGGGUUACUGUCCGGUAAGACUGGCUUUUCCAUUACACACCCAGACCUACCUGCUGCCAACCUGGGAGCAGUAACCAGGAAAUACGGGAAAGUAUUUCCAACAUUGCUGCAUGAUGCAAAACUCCACCCUGCCUUUCUUUAGAAACGGCUGCUGUGGCCUCCAGCACACUCUUCUGAAUGUUCUCAGUAAAGAGGAGUGGAGAAAGAAAGAGAAGAAAGGAAGGUGAAAGAAAAUCGGCCAAGAUGUUAACAUCAGUUAAACUUCUGCUUGAUGGGGAUCUAGAUUAGUGGGGUUUUUCCUUUGUACAUGUCUGUAUUUUUUAAAUUUCCAAAACAUUUUUUUUCUAUUUAACAAGAAAAAAAUGGUAUAGCACAAUGGUUAAAAGUUUGAACUUCAGAGUUGAACAGCCUCCAAACUGUGUGGCUUUGGGCAAGCGAUUUCAUUGCUCUGAGUCUCAAUUUCCUCAUCUGUAAAUCAGGGAUGACAGUUCCCAGCGUACAGCAUUGUCGUGUGGAUCAAAGGAAAUAAUGCCCUAUUGAGAGCCCAGUGCUGGGUCCUCAGCAAACUCUUGAUACAUGCCACCUGUUCCUUUUAUUAAGGGUGACAAAUUUGGGUCCUUUGAUGAUGGAUUUGAUUUUUGCAAACAGGCUUUUACAUUCAUUUAACAAUUGUUUAUUGACUGCCUACUGUGUUGCAGGGCUGGGACCUGACCCUGGGGAUACAAUAGUAAAUAAGACAGAUAAAAUCCCUGCCCUCACAGGGUUCUGUCUACCUGUGGCAAAUGACAUCUAAAUGAUUCUAGUACUUCAUGACAAGGGUCACCCAAGGGGAAGAAAGUGCUCCAGGGGCAGGUCGCAGGAGGAGUGGAGCUUGCCUGAGAAUGGGCAGAGCAGCCCUGAGGAGGGGAUAUUUCAGCCAGGGCACAAGAAGGGUCAGCCCUUUAGGGAAUGGGGUUUGGGGAGGGUCAAAGAAUGAGGACUGUCUGGAGGACGAAGCCCAGUGUUCUUAUACUUCAUGGAAACAGACUGGGGAAGGCAAUUUGCAAAGAAGGAUUCCAGAAAUUAUUUGAACAAUGUCCCCUUGGAAGAAUGAUACUCAUUUGGCUGCAGAGAAGCUGGGAUGUUUGUUUAAAAUAAAAGCACUUUCAUUUUGCAGUCCUGCUGUUCUGAGGGCUGUGAUUUCAGAGCAGCACGUGCUCUAUUGUUCAGGGCUGUCUGUGUUUUUUAGGACUCUAAAGCUGAGUCCCAGAUUCCCAUGGACAUAUUCCAAUAGAAGCAUGUAUAUUUCUGUGCCUCUUGCCAGCUGCUGCUAAUUGCUUAUGUAAACUACAAGAUUCUUUAGGAUUUCCUUUUGGGAGGGAGAAGGGCGCAACUAUGAUUGACGGAUGCCAGGGGUACUUUGGGUGCCUGUGUCAGAAAUGAAGCCAGAAAAUGCUGUUCAAGAAUAAAUAAUGGAAUGACCUAAUAAGUCUCACACACACAGUAUUUUUUAUACAAUUAUAUGAGCACAGAAACAGGCGUGGAAGGAACACCUAGUCUGUAAAUAGUUUUUGAGGGGGUAUGGGAAGGGGAAGUUAAGGGAGGGGAAAUUAAAAACCUGUUUCCUGUUCUAUGACUGAACAGGAAAAAAAAAAUGGCAUAAUGAUUGUGUUAGUUACCUAUUGCUGUAUAACAAAUUAUGCCAAAAUUUAGCAGCUUGAGACAACAAAAAUUUAUUAUCACACAGUUCCUGCAGGUCAGGACUCUGGGCUAAUCUAGGUCAUCUCAAGGUUUCAUACAAGGCUGUAGUUAAGGUGUCAGCUGGGGCUGCAGGCUCAUCCAAAGGCUCAACUGGGGAAGGAUCCACUUCAGAGCUCACAGAUGUGGUUGUUGGCAGGAUUCCUAGGGGCUGUUGCUGUUACCAUUUAGUUCCUUGUCACGUGGACCUCUCUACAGGGCAGUUUACAACACAGCAGCUGGCUUCCCUCAGAAGAAGCAAGCAAGAGAGCAAAAGAGGGAGCAAGAUAGAUGCCAGAGUCUUUUGGUAACCUAACCAUGAAGGUGACAUCCCAUCACUUUUGCCAAAUUCUAUUCCUUAGAAGAAGUAACUAAAGUCCAGCCCACAGUCAAGGGGAGGGGAUUCCACAAAGCCAUGGAUAUGGGGUGCGGGGGGGGGGUGUCACUCUAAAGAUGUAAAAAUUGAAAAUGCACAUAGACAGGAAAAAAGAAAACAGAAAAAUGGGUAAGGGCGGCAGGAGGACCAGAAGAAGCAGGCCUGGUUGGCCCUGUUAAGGAGUUGACCUUAUUCCAAAGAGCAGCUAUCAGUUUCAGACAGGGUGGGGUGGGGUGACAUGGUCAGCUUUGUGCCUUAAAUAGCUCAGUCUGCCAAAUCAGGAGAUAGUAGAGAACUGAAGGAAAUCAUAGAAGAAAUAGCCAAAGGAGUAAAAUAGCAUGCCUCUGGGUUUAGAGGGAGUUGGAACAGGAGACCAUUUGCUUUUCAUGAUGAGCCCAUCUCUAUAUACUGUUAGUGUUUUUUUAAAUCAAGGAUGCAUAUUACUUUUAUUUAAAAGACUUUUUAAUUUUU